CUCCGGCUGGGGUCUUGCUCCAUCGAUCCCAGUGCUUCGCUUUGCUUUGCUUUUUGGAGGGUUCCACUUAGACGUCUCCAACAUCAGGAGUUGCUGAUACCGGAUCUGUUCUUUCAUUCAUACAUUCAUUCAGGCACUCCCGCUUGCAUUCAUUGUACACAACAAUAAUCACACCCGAGCGUUUGUUGUGUGCCAGGCAGCGUUCUAAGAGAGCUGUGCAUAAUCUCCCCAAACCCUGAAAGCAAUCUCAUGACACAGAGGACAAUGUCUAUAAAAAUAUGCAAGAAUCAAAGGAAACCCACAUAUCCAAUCACCUAGAUGAAAUUGUUGCUGCUGUCAGCGUAACGCCUAGAAAGAAGAUCCAAAACAAACUGCCUCAGACAGCACUCUUCCAGCCUCCUCGAGAGAAACUCCACCUCUGUGAAGAGAAAGCGAAGUCCUAUUCUAGCAGUCACAAACAUAAAGAGGCUGUCCAUGAGCUUGUGCGCUGCAUUGCACUAACGAGAAUUUGCUAUGGUGACUCCCAUUGGAAACUAGCAGAGGCACAUAUUAAUCUGGCUCAAGGCUACCUCCAGCUGAAAGGACUGUCCUUGCAAGCGAAACAACAUGCAGAAAAAGCCAAAGAAAUCCUUACGAACUCCCUCAUGCCUCCCUAUAACGACAAUACAGAUGUUUUUAAGUGUUCGAUUGAGCUAUUCCAUACCAUGGGGAGAGCCUUACUCUCCCUCCAGAAAUUCAAGGAAGCUUCAGAGAAUUUGUCAAAGGCAGAGAGACUUGCAAAGGAGCUGCUGCAGUGUGGAAGGAUUAUAAAGGAGGAGUGGAUAGAAAUUCAAGCACGGAUCAAAUUGUCAUCUGCACAGAUGUAUCAAAGUCAGAAGAAGUCAAAAGAAGCUUUGCCUCACUACCAAGAAGCCUUAGAAUAUAUUGAGAUCAGUAGAGGUGAAAAAAGUCUUGAGUGUGUAUCAAUAUUGAGGGAAUUAGCAGGUGUAGAGCAAUCCCUGGGAUUUUACGAUGCAUCCAUCAACCAUUUUCUACAGGCACAUCUCAUCGUGCUAAGCAAAAACCCCUCUCAAGAGGAGGCAGCAGUCUCCGCACAUUUUGUCGCCCACGCUUCCAUCGCUUCUGGGAGACCCGAGCACCAUGAUGUGGCCGAGCAGUAUUUUCAAGAGAGCAUGGCGAAUCUUAAGGAUGCUGAAGGAAUGGGAAAAGCCAAAUUUCUUUCAAUUCAAGAUGAUUAUUGCCAUUUUCUACAAGUCAUAGGACAAAAAGAGAAAGCAACCUCAAUCCUGAGAGAGUCCCUGGAAGCCAAAGUGGCAGUAUUUGGUGACCUCAGUCCCAAGGUGGCAGAGACGUACCGGCUGUUGGGUGGGACCGACCUGGCUCAGGGGAACCACAGUGGGGCUCACAAGAAACUGAAGAAGUUGUCCUGGAGAAAGAUGAUGGUAGCUUGCUCCAAGACAGUGGCCAGGGGAUGGAGCAAAGUCGUGGGGGAGUCGAGGGAUGUCGAUAAGGAUGUAGAAGCCACAGCACAUGGCAGCUCAGAGUGUCUUCAGAUUCAGACUCUCUUAUACGGACCACAGGACAAGAGGACUCUGGCCACCCAGCAGACCAUGGACGUCCUGGCCAAGGCCCCGGAGGUGGCCGUGAAACCCAGGCAGACCCCCAGAGCCAAAGCGGCGUUCUGCGGCUGCGCGGCCCAGCACGGGCGAUGGGAUUCAAUACCGUCAAGGCUGUUUGCUCCAACAGGCAACAGAGCUGCGCCGCCAACUCCCGGUGGGCCACACUGGGACCUCGGAGACCCUUCGGGCGAUCUGGUGCUUCUAUAAAGCCUUUGUUCUUUUUUACCG